GCGCCCGCCGCCCGCGCGGACCUUCUUCUCAGCGCGGAGCCGGCGGCGAGCGAGCGGCGGCGAUGAACCCCGUGAAUGCCACUGCUCUCUACGUGUCCGCGAGCCGCCUGGUGCUCAACUACGACCCGGGGGACCCCCAGUCCUUUUCCGAGAUUAACAAGCUCCUGCCCUACUUCAGGCAGUCCCUCUCCUGCUGCGUGUGCGGAAAUUUGCUACAAGACCCUAUUGCUCCCACCAACUCCACAUGCCAGCACUAUGUCUGCAAAACAUGUAAAGGCAAGAAGAUGAUGAUGAAACCGUCGUGUAGCUGGUGCAAGGACUAUGAGCAGUUUGAGGAGAACAAGCAGCUGAGCAUCCUGGUGAACUGCUACAAGAAGCUGUGCGAGUACAUCACGCAGACACCCCUGGCCCGGGACAUCAUCCAGGCCGUGGAUUGCUCGGCAGACCUGCUGGCCCUGCUCAAGGAUGGGUCCCCCCUGCACGAGGACACGGAGAAACCUCCCGAGGCGGCCCUGGCUCUGUGUCUGACACAUUCCCCGGUCCCCUCCACCUCGGAGCUGCCCAGCGACGCCCCGGCGGGGUUCCCCUCGGUGCCCGAGGCCACGCACAACGCGGAGGGCCGGGGCUCGGCCAUCAACGGGCUGCCCAGCUGUAACGGGCUGCCGGGGGAGAAGCUGGGGGUGAGCCUGCCGUCCCCAGAGCACGCCAGCGCCAUCGACGUCUGCGGCGCCGCAGAAUACAUCAAGACGGAGGAGCUGCCGGGGGGGCUGCAGCCCGUGUGCGACCCCGUGUCGGGCAGCGACCUGUGCCCCGCGGGCAUCGACAUCUGCGGCUUCAGCGAGGACAUGAAGCCGGGCGGGUCGCUGCUGCUCAGCGUGGAGGAGGUGCUGCGCAGCCUGGAGACCGUGUCCGGCACCGAGGUCUGCGACUCGGGCCUGCAGCCCGGCCUGGAGGCAAACAUGGCCAACGGCCCCUUCCUGCAGCUCUCCCCCCCUCCCCUCAGCCAUAACAUUUUCAUGUCCACGGAGGCUUCUCCUCACGGCAUCUCCUGCACGGCGGCCACGCCCAAGGUGGUGAAGUUGAACAGGAAGCGGUCCCGCUCCGAAAGCGACAGCGAGAAGGUCCAACCUCUGCCCAUCUCCAGCAUCAUCUGCGGCCCGACCCUGGGAGCGUCGGCUCCCGUGACGGUGAAACAGGAGAACAAAAUGUCUCUGCAGCCCAUUGCGACUGUACCCAACGGAGGCACCACCCCCAAAAUCAGUAAAACUGUGCUCCUGUCUAACAAAAGCAUGAAAAAGAACCUAGAACAUGCCCCUAAGAAAUCCCACCCGAAAGCCAAACCGGGGGUGCUGAAAACGAAAGACAAGGCAAAGGAGAAAGUUCCCAGCAGUAACGUUAUGCCAGGAAGCCCAACAAAAACUGUGUAUAAAAAGCCACAAGAAAAGAAAGGGUGUAAAUGUGGUCGUGCCACCCAAAAUCCAAGUGUUCUUACCUGCCGUGGCCAACGCUGCCCUUGCUACUCGAACCGCAAAGCCUGCCUUGACUGCAUAUGCCGUGGCUGCCAAAACUCCUACAUGGCCAACGGGGAGAAGAAGCUGGAGGCGUUUGCAGUGCCAGAAAAGGCCUUGGAGCAGACCCGGCUGACUUUGGGCAUUAACGUGACGAGCAUUGCGGUGCGCAAUGCCAGCACGAGCACCAGUGUAAUCAAUGUGACAGGGUCACCAGUAACGACGUUUUUAGCUGCCAGUACACACGAUGAGAAAAGUUUGGAUGAAGCUAUAGACAUGAGAUAUGACUGCUGAGUCUGUCUUUCUUUUCCCUGCCCUCCGUAGGGGAACUGCUACAGGUUUAAGGCAGCUAUGGUUCUGUUUAACUUGCUGGAGCUCCUGCGUUUAGAUCACUUGUAUCAAGUGUUUUUCAUUGCUAUGUUCUGUGUAUUAGUGUCUGGGAAAUAGUUGCAGAUAAUGGAGGAGUUACCCUAAAACUGUUUUUAGUUCUUACAGCACCUCAUAGUUUGAGAUCGAUUGCUGAUGUAAAUGAUUUUAUCACAAGAUCUUUGACAGGAAUAUAUUGACCUCAUUGUACUUGCUCGUGCUUUGUGCUCAGUCAAAGCUUCGGCUCCGGUGUAGAGCAGUGGCACCCGGUUAGUCCAUCUCAACGGGGCUACACUGGGGUGUGGAAGAGUGACUGUUGGUGGGUUACAGUCACCGUGACCAGGGAGUGACCCGGUACUCCUGUGGGAAAGGCAGGAGGAGGACACAGUCUGGCAAGGGUAGGUACUGGCUGCCUGGGGGAACUGGGUAUCUGCUCUAGGGAGCAGCUCACAAUUACAGACAGGAUUAGUAAAUACAUUACAAAGCUGACAGGCCAGAAGGCAGCUCAGGCUGCAGGCAGGGGCAGGAGGGUCGGGCAGGUACCAGGUGAGACUGCUCGGAUACACCAUCCUGGGAACAACAUCACCCCUGGCAGCUCCAGGGCCAUGUCCCUGCUCAGUCACCCCUCUGUGCCAGCUCCCCCUGGGUGAUGUCACUUUGGCUUUGGCAGGGGGAGAACAGCGCUUGGACCCAGCCAGGGCUCCACUUUUGGUAGCACCAUCCUCUCCCUUUCCUGCUCCCCCUGUUUUUUUCUUGAGUUCCUGCUGGUUUUCCUGCUGUUGCUUCUAGAGAAGAGAAGGGGGGUUGUGGGUUACAGAGAGACCCCUUGGCUGAUUUUCCCCCCUCAGUGCCAGGAUACAGAGAUUCCACAGCACUGGGGGACUUUGAUCCAGUUUGUACCAUGACAGCUCCUCCCUGUGAGGGGAGUUCUCCACUGACAGGCACCUUCCAGCCCGGGCAGAGGAUCGAUGGCUGUCCAAGGUCAAACAUUCUGGGUGUUUGCUAAACACAAUAAGCUAUGUAUAGCUCACUCCACCCCAAAUCUAUCUCAUUUUCUGCUAAAAUGCUAAAAGUAGCUUUUGAAGGUCAGUGCUUUUCAACCAACCUGGGCCAAAAGGCUCGAAAAUGGAAACAUCACACAAAAGUUGUCAAGAGCUUAUCUGGAAAAGUGUUACAGUGAAAGAAUUCCUGUCAGGAACUCGGUUUUACACAAAAAUGGUUGAUUCCAGCACAAUCCCUAAGCAGGGGGCCCAAGAGUUUAGCUGUGCAGUUACAGAAGUCAGACUGCUUUGGGAAGGCAGAAAUCUCUCCUCUUGCAGUGAUACAGCACAACCUGAGGGUGGGCUGACUGGAACACGAGCGUUUCUGUGUCAUCUCAAAGGCAAUUCCUGUUUCAAGAGCGUGUUGAGCAGCGUGUGGGUUGUUGAGUUCCUCCCCUGCUCCCACCUUCCCUUCCCCGCAGGCCCCGCGGGCGGUGCCGGGGCUUUGACCUGGCACAAAGCACGUACAGUGGCGGUUCCUCACCGAGACAUGAGCAAACCCCUUUGGACACAAAUGGCACCUCCUUUUGUUUUGUAGUGUACCAUGGUGUCAUUUUCUGUGAAUGUGGUCAGAGCUUUUUGUUGGUUUUGGUUUGUUUCUCCCCCCGUCUUUUCUGUGGGGUGGGCAGGGUGGGGGGUUAAAGCCAUAGGAAGAAAAAUGUGAUGUACGUGUCCAGUCUGUACUUUUUUGUUUUUGUUUUGCAAGAAGAGUUGAAAAAUAUUUUUGAUAAUGAGUAAAUGGUGGAAAAUGCUUCUUAGUAUUCUUGUCUUUAUUUGCCAACCCGAGUACCUAAGAUCUGUGUUUUUUAGCCCUCCUGAGAUUUAACGAUGUCCUAUUAAAAUGUAUUUAGUUAAACUUGUAUGUGAUUUUUGUGUUGACCCAGAAGGAUCCUACCAGUUCCUAAUUUGGUGGUUUGAUCGUGACCUACUAAUGUAAAUCUGUUUAUUAGUCCACUACGUGUAAGCGAAGCAGCCCCCGGAGCUGGGAGUGAACUGCACAGCAUGGGUUGUUUGGGAAUGCUUUUGCAGAGCUGUUAAGUUUUGCUGAGAUUGUUGAUGGUACAUUUUUAGGACUUUCAUUAAAUUAAAUACAAAGUACCUUUGCUCCAGAAAUGUGGGAGUAUUUGGAAUCUUUACUAUCUCACUGCUGCAUCCAAUGUGGUACCAAAAGUUGGAGAAUUUAGGUCAAGCGUGUUUUGGAGCUGUCGACAGGAGAGCCCUGAUGGUUCAUGUAAAACUGCAAAUGGUAGAUUCAGGUUGUUUUUAAAAACAUUUCCUUUUAUGCUGCCACAUUCUUGAAAUGUAUAUUAAAAUUCAAAUUGAUUUAAUAAAUGUUAGUUUUCUAAUUCUA